AUGGCCGACGUGGAGCGGCCAACCCGGAGACGGGGGAAGAUGGGAGGUGCGGCGCGUGCGCUAGCGCUGGGCCUGACGAUAGGAGGCUGGGCAUCAAGUCAGGGGUUGGCUGCUGCGGCGAGCCACUUGCCAGCGGCAGCGGCGGCGGCGGCGGGGUCGCAGGAAUGCGGGUUUAUCGUGACCAUGUGGGGGGAGUCGGCUGCCUGCGAGCAGCAGCUUGACGGUGCAGCAGUUGGGUGCGACAAGAAGUCGUUCUCGCGCCGGGCGGACCGUGUGCAGGCACUGGUGGGCAGCGUGCCUAAGGAAGCAGGGCUCGGCCCCGUCAGAGAGGCCGGAUCUUCGGAAUGGCGACAAGUGCUGAACUUCGGUUGCGUGGAUGGACGAGAUAAACUUGUCGUUUCGCUGUACGACAACCUUAUGCGCCCGCUGGCGACUUGCGAGGUCGGCACCGUGAAUCCUGUGUAUUGUGGAGAGUGA